AUGCUUCAAAUUUUAAUUGUCCAAUUUGUGUAUUUCAGGUUACUCAGUAAUCCUGAGAUCUUUGCGAAAAUUAAGUCGCCUUUACAGGAUGCUGGCAUUGAACUUUUAAACACGAAUAAUCCAACACAACCUGAAGACUCUGAAGGAAAGUAUAAGGCUUGGCUAAUAGCAGUUUCAGUUGUAUUGGGAACCCUAUGUAUCGUUUUGAUUAUCGCUUUCAUCAUAAAAACCAGAAGUUUAUUGAAACGAUUGAAUAAACUGUCCUGCCCAAAGUUCGGUUCUCAAGAAUCUGGUUUGAAUAGAAUAGGUUUGGCAGCACCCACAACAAAUAAAAAUACGACAGAAGGAUCGAAUCCAGUUUUUAGAGAUGGUGAAAAAGCUCAGGAAAUUGAUCGGGAUCGUUACAGUAUGGGAAGUGGCGAUUCAGAUUUAAUUGGAAUUGAAGAUAAUCCUAACUUUGACUACAAAUCAGAUUUAAAAACUACAUUUAUAAAUCCAGCAUCCAAGAAGUGAACACGCCUUAUAUCGUCAUAUGUCUACAUUUAUUUCUAAAUAGGUAACUUGUAUAUAAAUAGGCUUAGUCUCACAAUGAAUAACAUUUUUACAUUGUUUAUGUUUAUGCCAAGUCUCAGGAGUUACGACAUUUAAAACUGACUAAUGGUGGGUUUAUAUAAGAUUAUCAUUAGUUCACUAUCAAAACCCGAAAUAGCCAAUAGAAACUGAGGUUUAUUGCGCGUUGCUAACCAACGAAACCAUCCUGAGCUUAGUGAACUAAUGAUAAUGAUUAUUAUAAACCCACCAUUACUCUUACAAUGUCUCAAGGUGAUUCAAUAUAACUUUAAUGUUUGUUUAAUUUUAAAUAAAUGUAAUUUAAAAAUUUAA